AUGUAUUCACUAGAAAAUAUUGAUGGAAAUUCAUCAGUUAAAGGACCUGUUCCUUGCCACUGUCUUCUAUGUCAAAAAAGUGAAAUAUCAGAAGGGCAAGAUUUAAAAAUGAAAACCACUAAAUUAUGUGUGAUGAUUUUAAAAUCACUUAAAUUAUUAAAACCAGAGAAUGAAUUCUUUUCAUUAAAAAAUGAUAUUAAAGAAUUUAUUACAAACCAUUGGCCUAUUCUAUCUAAAUUAAAACAAUUUAAAACACCUAAUUGGAGAAAGGCAUUAUUAGAUGCAUUUAAUCAUUGUAAUUUAAUUGAAUCUGGUAAGGAUGUAUGUCAUAAUAGAGGAUAUUAUAAACUAAAAGACCAUUCUAAACAACAAUCAGAUAGUUUAACUUCUAAAGAUAUUAAUCUAUAUGUAAAGAAAGAAGAAAGAAAAAAAGAGCCUUUAAAACAAGCUAAAAGUCAUAUUCAAGCUAUUGACUAUAAGUAUGAAAUCCUUGCAUCUAUAAGAACUCUUCAAAACCAAAUUAACCAUACAAAUAGUCUUCUUGUAAAUUGUAUUACUCCAUAUAUAGGAAAUCCUUAUAGUGGAGUUUCAGUUAUUUAUGGAAUUGAAACAAACAACUACCAUAUUAACACAUUAAAUCAGUUACGAGAUCAAAUGUUUUAUUCAUAG